AUGUUGUCAGACGUGUUCUGUAAAAUGUUCCUGUUCACCCCACAGCCCGCCAGCACGGAACCAAAUGCUGAUGUUGAUCCACAAGCUCUAAACCUUCAUCUAGCCAUUCAAGCUGGCGAUGUGGAGCGUGUUCAGACUCUCCUUGAGCAAAGGGGACCGGAUUCGCGCUAUGAACUUUUUGGAACCCCUGCAAUCUGGAGGGCCGCCUUUCGAAACGAGUCGGCCAUCGUGAAAAUCCUCAUUGCUUCUGGAAUGGACGUGAAUGCAGGCAAUUCCAAGGGGACCACUGCCCUGUACGUUGCAGCACAAAAUGCACACGUGGACAUUGUCCAGAUUCUGAUAGAUUCUGGCGCUGAUGUCAAUAUCAACUCAGUAUGGGGUUCAUCGGCCCUUAUGGUAGCUGCAUCUCGAGGCCACACAGAUGUCGUGGCAAUCCUUUUGAGCGCAGGUGCUGACUUCCGAGUCCAGACAACAGCUCUCAAACAGUCGGCUCUGUUUCUAGCGGCUGCAAAUGGACACCCAAAGACGGUGUGGACCCUUCUGGAAGGUGAUGGAAACGAGAUGAUAGAUGUGGCGGACGUUGAAGGAUCCACUCCUUUGUAUGCAGCAGCAUAUUCUGGUCAACCAGCUUCAGUAGAAGCGCUGCUUGUCUUCAAACCAGAUCUGGGGAGAUUGAGGGAGGACGGGUCCUGUCCACUCCAUGCAGCGUCGGCAGGUUGUUUCCACAAGAUUGUGGAGCUCCUUGUUGAGGCUGGGUCUGCUCGAGGGAUAAAGAAUAAGAAUGGACACCAGCCCAGAGAUUUGGUUUGUUUGGCAGAUCCAGAUGAGAAUGUGAAAGCGAUGGCCAUAGAAGAGACACUGAUGCCGCUGUUGAUUGCUGUUCGAGAUGGUAACCAUACAGAGGCAGAGAGAUUGAUUGAGGCAGGGGAAGAUGUCAAUGGCAUGGCCAGGAAUGGGAGCACCUUGCUGCAGCUGGCGGUGGGAGGAGGCAGUGUGCGGGUUGUGGAUGCGCUGCUGAAUGGUGGUGCAGACAGCAACGUGAAGGAUGCCACAGGAUGUGGCCCUCUCCACGUUGCAGUGGACAACAGCUCUGUUGGCAUUGUUGUGGCUCUUCUUGAAGCUGGUGCAGACAUCAAUGUGGUGACCAACGAUAAUACAAGUGCCCUGCAUGUAGCUGUUCGGAAUGAUGAUGCAGUGAUGGUUGAGACUCUGUUCCCGUUUGGUCCCAAUGCAAACCUUCAAGACGCUCUCGGGACUACACCACUGCAUACUGCUGCGGCCAUUGGCAACACCCGAAUAGUUCAGCUUCUCCUGGACAUGGGGGCUGAUGUCAACCUCACUGAUGCCAUUGGGCAGACGCCCUUGUUGGUGGCUAUUGUUAAUGAGAACGUGGAUGUUGUUGCUCUGCUCCAAAACGCUGGCAAACGCUCCACCUCAGCAACAGGGGGUGAUGGGAAGUCCAAGAACACAACCAUGACAUCCAGAGGAGCACAGCCCAGUGCUAUCAAUGCUGUCAGCCGAACUGCAGACAGUCUAGAGCAGUCAGAAGGGUCAGACAGCUCUGUGGCCACUGCACAGUGGCUGAUACCAGCAGUGCUGCUUCCUGUUGUUCUUGUUCCAGCACUGCUGGUACUCUUCUUCGUGCGAAAGCGUCACAAUCGUGAAGAGCACCCAGAAAGCGACGAUGUGCCUGCAAAGGAUGCUGGCGACAUUUCAGACAUGUCGGAUGAAGAGUGGGGGGCACCGCCACAUUUACCUGGCUAUCUGAAUGAGGUGAUCUCUAUGAGGGGUGGCGGCAGUACAGAAUACUGGGCAGAGAAGGGCUUGCCUCCACCGUUUCCUGGAAGAGAGGGAGCAACAAAUUUGAGAGAUGGCAGAGUGCCCAUAGCAGUGAAGGCAAGACGGAGCGUGACAGCAGCACAGGUGAAAGUUAGUCCAAGAAUCAUGAGUGGGCAUGAUGACUCACCCGUGGUGUCAGAUUACCUUAAAUUCAAGCCUUCCCACAUGUCAGAGUAUGGUUCAGGAUACAAUUCAGGACGUGGCGAUAGCCACCAAGCGGUGGUUUGUGAGAUCAUGCCAGCCCAAACUUCCAGCAGUGCCGAUUUUGAUGAAGUGCUCCAAGGCCAUCAAAAUCCCAUCUGUGCAGGCGCAGCAAUCGAGGAUGACGAUGUGCAACCUUAUCAGGCAGGCAUUUCCUUUGCUGGAUCGUCCAUUCAAGAAGGACCGCGAUAUGGGUCACAGCAGACACACAGCACGCGUUCAGGAGCAGGGAGCAUGUCUGUGGCUUCUUGGCUGGCCUCAGAAGGAUCUGAAUUCAUGGGAAGCCCAAGCCAGAGGGGUUGGACUGUUGAGGACCGUGCUGGUGAGGGUGCCAUAGAUGCUGACGACAGCCCUCCUCCGUUUCCUGCUGUUGAGGAUUUCUUCACUCGACUUAGAACAGCAGUACAGAGUCACCACACAACAGUGGCAAAGGAAAGCACCAUCACAGUGGGAUCAGACAUACCAAGCCCUCACAGACAUGAUGCAGCAAUUCCUGAGGGUCCUCAACAUGAAGAACUCAUUGCUGGGCUGCACUCAAUGUCAGUGCAGAAGGACAAUAUUGUGUGUGGCUCUGUUGUUAGCAGCCCAGGGAAGGGGACAUCAUGUGCACAACAUCCCAUGGAUGCGUAUGUUUCUGGCUACGCUUCAGACAGUUCGCUGUCAUCCUGCAGUGAAGGUGUGACAGGUGGUUCAGGAGCACAUGCAGAGAAUUGCACUGCACACAUGCGUUCAUACCCAGUCAACAUUAACGUUGCUGAAGAUCCAUCAGAAGGCGAGCCCUCCAUUUCAUCAGUCCAUAGCCGUAUGAUCAGACAGUGGUCAGAGACAAGUGGGGUGUCGAUGUACUCGGCACUGAGUCAUAUGGUCAGGCAGGAUUCAUCAUCAUCCCCUGCGUCUGAGGAUGGCAUUGGGGUGCAGACUGGAGAGGUUCAGGAGGCAACGCUGCCCCCGUAUCCAGUCAAGAGCCCCAGUCGAAGCUCUGGAAGUGCAGGUGAAGAUCCUGGCGAGGGCAGUCAAAACUCCCCUUCUGCUAACACUGCGCACAUGACUUCUGAACUGCAGAAAUGCGAAGGCAGCUCAGGAUUUCUGUUUGCAGUGCAAAAUCCAGAGUCGUUGCUGGCUGCUGGAAGCCCCCCUGCCCACGCUGUGCCUUUGAGCAGAGGGAUGCGAGCCUCAACAGAAAGGGUGCUGAGUGAAGACAUCGUGAGUGGCCAAAGCAGGAAUCGACUGAGUUUUGCAGCAGGGCUGGAGGCCCACCAAGACUGGCCAGACAGUCCAUCAAACCAAAAUGCAACGCACAGCGGAUCCAGCCCAGGUAGUUCCAUGCCAGAAGGGAUGCAGGGGGCAGCAGAUGACCACAAUGUGGCUUUGAUACCUGACAGCAGCACUGCGGAUUUGCGUCCAGCCCAUUUGAGGCCGGGAGUAUUGCCCCGCAAUGGGCUUGGGAGUGCUAAGUCAUUUGGGGGCGAACAUAAUUUGCAUCUUCCAGUGGGCUGCAAUCAGCUCUCGUCACUCGAAGAACCGCCCCACCUCCUCUCCAGCGCAGGGAGCAGCGUCGUGAAUGGGAGCCACAGCGAGCUCUUUUCGACAGGUUCAGGUGGAUAUGAUGCCUUUAGGUCAAGCCUCCCCACGGCACCUGGUGUAUCAAGCCUGAACUUGCUUGCAGAUACGAAGGGCAGCCUGGGAACUCAGUCUGGAGACCAGGCACAUAGCCCAACACUGAAACGCACAGGCGAAUGGGCUGCCCCUGUGGAUACAAAGGCUAUUGCCAGCGCUCAGCUGGCGGAGUACAACUCAACCCUGUCGAAAUCGUCAACCUCUCUAUGGCAUCCGGGUGACUCUUCGACGCCGAAGCGGAGGAGGGAAGGCUCCAGUCCACUCCAACAAGCAGAACUGAGUCUCUCGUCCCAUGGUGCCGAUGAAAUUGAGCUGCGCGCCAUUCAGCAGGCCAUGGGGUACACGAUGGACGUGUCGAAUGUGAAUUCCUGCAGUUCUGAGGGCCCUCCCCUCCUCUUGAGCAAUCUCCACGGCGUUGCGCCUUGCGUUUCAGAGUCGCCUCUUUGUGGCCCCACCGGACAUCACCUCGGGACCGACUACGCGCACGCUGAGGAGCCAGAACCUGAACAGAAGUUUGCUCAUUUGUCCGGGCUGCAGGGUGGCUGGGAAGCUCACUGA